UGAUCGGUACGACCGUUUUUGGUGGCCCAUGGACGAAGCCAGCCCACGGUGGGUGAACGUAUCGACCACACGGCCCAUUCAGCCGGACGCCAUUUACGGCGUGCCGUCGGCCAUCCUGAAGACGGCCGUCGUGGCGGGUGGAAACGACACGGCGAUCACCGUGAGGAAGUGGCAGUAUGACACGCCGAGCUCCUACUCGUUCAUGAUCCUCCUGCACUUCGUCGACUUCCAGGACACUCAGCUUCGGCAGUUUGAUAUCUACGUCAACGAGAACGAUCCAUCGGGAAUGGAGCUGAAGUCGUACAACAAGACAUCGUUCCUGACUCCGUCCCAUGUGUACACUGAAUCCUACAGGGCUCCCGACGGCAACUACAACAUCACUCUUGCCAAGACCAACGCCUCCGUGCUGCCUCCGAUGAUCAAUGCGCUCGAGAUCUACCUUCGCGUCCCGUACGAGAAUCCGACGACACUUGCUCAAGACUUUGACGCCAUCAUGGCUAUCAAAACUGAGUAUGGAGUCAAGAAAAACUGGAUGGGUGAUCCAUGUUUUCCAAUCAAAUUUGCUUGGGACGGCGUGAAAUGCAGCAAUGCAAGUGGUAACACGUCGAGGAUAACAUCACUAGAUCUCUCCAACAGCUCGUUGCAUGGCACAAUAUCUAAGAAUUUUACACUGCUCACAGCACUCGAGACUUUAGAUUUAUCUUACAACCAGUUGAGCGGGUCAAUACCUGAUUCCCUACCAAGUUUGCCUUCCCUACAAGUUCUGAAUGUCUCUGGCAACCAGCUGAGCGACGAGUCCCUAUGUAAAAAUUAUACUGGACAACUUAUUUUCAGACAUGAUGGUGGCUCUGUAUGCAACAAACCUUCACCAAGCCCACCAAGAAAUAAAGUAGCUAUCAUAGCUAUUUCAGUAGUGGUUCCUGUGUUGGUAGUAGUUUUACUUCUUAUCGCAUAUUUCAUUUGGUGGCAGAAAAAAAAGCCUAAUGUGCAACCAGUCCCCAUAAAUGGCCCAACAAGAGAUCCAGAACCUGAUAAUGCUUCGGGAAGUAAAAAAGGUCAUGUGUACAACCUGAAGAAAACUGAGAAUCGCCAGUUCACAUACAAAGACCUCGAGAAGUUCACUAAUAAUUUCAAGAAGUUCAUAGGACAAGGAGGUUUCAGGCCCGUCUACUAUGGCCGUUUGGAAGACAGCACCGAGGUUGCUGUCAAGAUGCGUUCUGAAUCAUCAUCACAUGGGCUUGAUGAAUUUUUAGCUGAGGUCCAGAGCUUGACAAAGGUGCAUCACAGGAAUCUAGUGUAUUUGAUUGGUUACUGCUGGGAGAAAGAUCAUUUGGCACUGGUUUAUGAGUACAUGUCUCAGGGCAGUCUUUUUGAUCAUCUGAGAGGUAAGAAUGGUGUUUCUGAAGCCUUGAAUUGGAGGAAACGUGUACAAGUAGUGCUUGAAGCUGCACAAGGCUUGGAUUAUCUGCAUAAAGGUUGCAAUUUGCCAAUAGUUCACCGUGAUGUGAAGACCAACAACAUUCUUUUGGGUCAAAAUCUGCAAGCUAAAAUCGCAGAUUUUGGACUUUCCAAGACAUAUCUUAGCGAUACACAAACUCACAUAUCAGCCACUGCAGCUGGCACAGCUGGUUACAUGGACCCUGAGUACUACCACACUGGAAGGCUCACUGAGAGCAGCGAUGUGUACAGCUUCGGGGUUGUUCUGCUUGAGGUAGCCACUGGCGAGCCCCCAAUAGUGCCAGGCCAUGGCCACAUCAUUCAGCGUGUUAAACACAAGAUUUCCACUGGUGACAUCAGCUCAAUUGCUGAUUUGCGACUUGGAAGUGCCUAUGACAUCAGCUCCAUGUGGAAGGUAAUCGACACCGCUAUGGUGUGCACCGCGGAUUCUGCUACUCAAAGGCCAACAAUGGCCACAGUUGUGAUACAGUUGAAGGAGAGCCUGGCGUUGGAGGAAACUCGUGAGAAGGACAGUAGCAUCAGGGCAAACCAGGCGAGUGAUAUAGAAGCUAUGGUGUCCACAUUUGGUCCAUUGGCAAGAUGAAGCUGUGCCUAGACCUGGAUUCGGUUCAUGGCUGACGCGCCUCUACUAAAAGUCUACAAUGGUUUAUGGUGAACUCCUUGUUAUAUGAAGACAACUAGUGUAUAAUUGUGUGCUGUUUUGAACUGCAUUUGCUUGUGUGUAAGGAUUUAGAGAGUCCAGGCUUGUGUGUGCGAGUAAUAAGGUUUGGUGUGAGCUUGCAGCUUCUACAGAAUCCAGAUAUUAUGAGCUCCCCAUGCUCUGUAUGUAUUUUUAACAAAUAUUUCCCAUGUUUGUAUGUAAUUGCAUGGUACUAGAAACAUAAAGGAUUGAUUAGUUUGAAGGGAGGGGCCGAUAAAUUGAGCGUGAGCCUUUCCAUUCCACCAUGCA